AUGAAACCAAGAACUCAAUCUAUUACUUCUCUAAAUAACCUAGCCCCAAUCAGCGAUGUGAUCAUCGGAACCGUUGGUGACUGUCACGUCCUCCCGACCACCUCCGUCGGUGCUGCUAGGGGCGACCAAAUUCGAAGAUACAUCUCGUUGGCCUCACAAUUAUGGUCGCCACCCACAACAACCAUUUUAUUCAAGGGCACGAGGGUUGGGGUUAAGCCAGCACCAAAGGUGGCAUCUUUCUCGGCUAGAGGGCCUAAUUCGGUUUCCCCUGAGAUUUUGAAGCCCGAUGUGAUUGCGCAUGGAUUUAACAUUCUUGCAGCAUGGCCUUCUUCCAUUCCUCCUUCUUCCCUUCCUUCCGACCACCGUACCACUGACUUCAAGAUACUCUUCGGCACCUCUAUGGCAUGCCCUCAUGUCUCUGGUUUGGUUGCUCUUUGGAAAGCGGCUCACCCUGACUAG